AUGUUGGACGUUAACACCAAAUACAUGGGAGUCGCAUCCCUGCUGCGGUUCUGUAUUCUGAUCAUGGCGUGGAUCGUGGGGUUCUCAUCGCGACUUUUCGCUGUCAUCCGCUUCGAAUCGAUAAUCCACGAAUUCGAUCCGUGGUUCAACUACCGGGCGACGCACUACAUGGUGGAGCACGGUUUCUACAAGUUCCUCAACUGGUUCGACGAGCGUGCUUGGUAUCCGCUCGGUCGAAUCGUCGGAGGAACCGUGUACCCAGGUUUGAUGAUAACGUCGGGUCUCAUUCACUACCUGCUAUCUCUCCUGAACAUUCCAAUCCACAUUCGUGAUAUCUGCGUGUUUCUGGCUCCGAUUUUCAGCGGUCUGACCGCUCUGGCAACGUACUUCCUCACCAAAGAACUCUGGGACGAAGCUGCCGGCCUGUUCGCUGCGUGCUUCAUCGCCAUCGUGCCGGGAUACAUCUCGCGGUCGGUGGCCGGUUCCUACGACAAUGAAGGCAUUGCCAUUUUCGCCCUGAUGCUCACCUACUAUCUAUGGAUCAAAUCAGUGAAGAACGGAGGAAUACUCUGGGCCAUGAUGACCGCUCUCUCGUACUUCUACAUGGUCUCGGCAUGGGGAGGAUAUGUGUUCAUCAUCAACUUAAUUCCCCUGCACGUCUUCACCCUGCUCCUGAUGAACAGGUUCUCGCAACGGAUCUACGUCGCGUAUACGACAUUCUUUAUCAUGGGCUUGUUGUUCUCCAUGCAGAUCCCCUUCGUUGGAUUCCAACCGAUUCGGUCCUCCGAGCACAUGGCAUCGAUCGGGGUCUUCGGCCUCUUGAACGCUGUGGCCUUCCUCAAGUACCUGCAGGGCUACUUCAGCAACCGAGAGAUGAAGGCUCUGAUCAUUCUGUCAAUAUUCGUUCUAGUCAUCGUCGGAGUCGUGGGACUCGUGCUCCUCACCAUGGCCGGUUACGUCGCCCCGUGGUCCGGUCGUUUCUACUCGCUCUGGGACACCGGCUACGCGAAGAUCCACAUACCGAUAAUCGCAUCGGUCUCGGAACAUCAACCGACCACGUGGUUUUCAUUCUUCUUCGAUCUCCACGUCCUCGUCGCCGUUUUCCCCGUCGGCCUAUGGUACUGCAUUAAGUACACGAACGACGAGCGCGUGUUCAUCGUGCUGUACGCCGUGACAGCCGUCUAUUUCGCUGGAGUGAUGGUUCGUCUCAUGCUCACGUUGACGCCGUGCGUUUGCGUUCUGGCGGCCAUCGCGUUUUCGCACAGCUUCAAACUCUACCUCGUCGAGGAAGAGACCGUCAUCCAAGCGAAUAUCGCGAGCACCCCGGAAAAGAGCAGUGGCGGCGGGGGUGGCGGCGGCUCGAGGAAGCCCAAGAUUCUCAAGAAAAGGGAGGGAACCGACGCCGUCGACGUACCCCAAGUGACCUCAGCGCUCGGAAACAAUAAGCGCAUGCUCGUCAUCAUGGCUCUGCUCAUGAUCCUCAUGUUGUUCGCCAUUCAUUGUACGUGGGUGACCAGUAACGCGUACUCGUCGCCUAGCAUUGUGCUCGCGUCGUACUCGGGCGACGGGAGCCGGGUGAUCCUCGACGACUUCCGUGAAGCCUACUAUUGGCUCGCUCAGAACACACCCGACGAUGCGCGAGUCAUGUCCUGGUGGGAUUACGGCUAUCAGAUAGCGGGGAUGGCCAACCGGACAACGCUAGUGGACAACAAUACAUGGAACAACUCCCAUAUAGCUCUAGUCGGGAAGGCGAUGUCGUCGAACGAGAGCGCCGCCUACGAAAUCAUGAAGGAACUCGACGUCGACUACGUGCUCGUCAUCUUCGGCGGCGUGAUCGGUUACUCGGGAGACGAUAUCAACAAAUUCCUCUGGAUGGUCAGGAUCGCCGGAGGGGAACACCCGCAGGAUAUUCGCGAGUCCGACUACUUCAACGCGAAGGGCGAAUUCCGGGUCGACACCGAGGGCUCGCCCACGCUCCUCAAUUGUCUCAUGUAUAAGCUUUCUUAUUUCCGAUUCGGGGAGAUGCAGCUCGACCGGCGCUCUCCCGCGGGCUACGACCGCACGCGGAACGCCGAAAUCGGAAACAAGGACAUCCGACUCGAGCAUUUGGACGAAGCGUACACCACGGAACACUGGCUCGUCAGAAUAUACCGGGUGAAGAAAGAAGCCAACCGGCCGCGCGUACCGUACGCACAGAGGGUUUCCAAACAGAAGAACGUGUACGUGUCGAAGAAGACAUCCUGGAAGAAGACCGGCUUCAUUAAAGACAAAGUUGGUGAGAAAAAAUGAGCUGAUGUACGACAGUUGUGGAAGGGCGAUGACAGGAAUGAAAGAUGAAUCACAAGGAACGGCGCUUGUUUGCAUCUCAGCUAUGUAAUUUUUGAGCGAGAAUAAAUUAUAUAUGUAUACCA